AUGAAAUCAUUCGUGAUUGAACGGUCCCUGAGAAAACGCGAUUCUGACAGAAGCCUCCCUACUAUCCAACUUUGGUUCACAACAGGAGAAAACGCGGUGCUACGCUUGCGUGUGAUCGUUUCCGCCAUAAAGCCCGCCCUUUCCGGCCUGUUCCGAAGUGCAGAGUGGUGGGGUAAAGUGGCGGGCCCUGAGAAUAUGUUUCCUGGGAAACCGAACCACAAGCGGUAUAGAGCCGCCUUAAAGAAGGAGAAAAGAAAGAAACGUCGGCAGGAACUCGCUCGACUGAGAGACUCAGUUCCCUCAGGACUGUCACAAAAGGAAGAAGAGGAUGCUGCUGUUAUUGAAAAACAAUUAAAAGAAGAGAAGCUGUUGGCAAUAGAGAGGCAAACCUUACAUGAGGAGUGGUUGUUGAGGGAGCAGAAGGCACAAGAAAAUUUCAAAAUAAAGGAAAAGAACGAGGCAGCUAGAAAACAACAGGAAAAAGAAGAGCGAAAGUUAAGGGAAGAAUGGGAAGAACAUCUGAGAAAAGAGAGGGAAGAGGAGGAGCAGAAACUACACAAGAAGAGAGAAAAAGAGUUGGAAAAUGGUGCCACCUGGCAAAACCCAGAACCACCCACAGACUUAAGGAUGAUGGAGAAAGAUCGAGCUCAUUGUCCAUUCUACAUUAAAACAGGAGCUUGCAGAUUUGGAGAUAAGUGUUCACGUAAGCACAGUUUCCCGGCAUCAAGUCCCACCCUUCUUAUUAAAAGUAUGUUUACGACAUUUGGAAUGGAGCAGUGCAGAAGGGACGACUACGACCCCGACGCAAGCCUGGAGUACAGCGAGGAGGAAACCUACCAGCAGUUCCUGGACUUCUACGACGACGUGCUCCCGGAGUUCAAGAACGUGGGCAAAGUGGUCCAGUUCAAGGUCAGCUGCAACUUGGAACCUCAUCUGAGGGGCAAUGUGUAUGUUCAAUAUCAAUCGUAAGUACUUUGUAAAUGUCUACAUGUUUUGUUUAUGUUGACUCUGGGAUCAUUUUACUGAAUAUUUAUCUUCUAUAUGCAUGUUUUUACAUGUAAAUAUCAAGAGCUGAUACAGAAAAUGUAUUGCAUUCUUUGUAUAUUUGUGUGGUUUUAAGGAAUUUUCUUUUAUUUCUUUUUUCUUUUGGGUU